AAGUUGGUGGUGAGACCAAAAGAGUCUUAACUGGUGUUAUAUUUUCGUAUGCUACAUACUUCGGCGAAAUCGUAUUUGGCUUUCUAGCAAUGGGAUUUCAACAAUGGAAGGCAUUAUUACUAGCAACAUACGCCCCUGUUAUAUUAUUUAUUUCUUACAUAAUUGUCCUGCACGAGAGUACCAGAUGGCAGUUGUUGCAUGGAAAGGCCUUUGAAGCAAGGAAAACAUAUAAAACAGUUGCCAAGAUUAAUAAACUGACAUUAUCGAAUGAAGAUAUAGAUAAUAUCAGUGAAGACGAUUUGCGAUCAAAAUUUAACGUAGUAUCUCAAAAAGAAAAAGAAAGUUUUAAGGAGAUCAUCAAUUCCAAAGAAAUAAUGAUUCGUGUAAUUGUUGUUUCGUUCUGUUUUUUCACAUGUGGAUUAGUAUAUUAUGGCGUAGCUAUGCAAUCUAUAUAUCUACCAGGAGAUAAAUACGUGAACUUCCUGUUGACUUCAUUGGCAUCGCUUCCCGGGGAUAUCAUAGCAUAUUUUACCUUUCCAAAAUUUGGUAGAAGAAGUUCUUUACAAUGCGGCUUUAUCUUUUGCGCUGUAUUUUUACUAGCACAGGCGUUUACUCCAGAUGCGAUGAUAUGGCUGAAAUUGUUUCUUUUUCUAUGUGGGAAAAUUGGAGCUGCAUUAUGUUUUACUGGAAUCUUCACGUACAGCUUAGAAUUGUUUCCUACCAGCGUGAGAGGAUCUUUGGCUGGUUUUGGCAAUACAUUUUCAAGAGUCGGUAGUACUUUAUCACCUUUCACUUUGUUAUUUAUAGACAUACUUCCUGCCCUGCCAUCGAUACUAUUUGCUGCCUUGGCGACCAUGUCUGCUUUAUUAGUACAACUCACCCCAGAGACCAAAACAUUACCUAUGUUUGAUACAAUAAAUCAAGUUGAGGCAUACAACUCUAAAAUGACUACAAGAUUGUAAAAUUCUGACUGACACGUACCUGUAAACUUUUAAAAACAAAAAUAUUAUUUUGUAACAUAUUGACCGCUUUUGUACUUGCUAACGCAUUAUUCAGCAUUCACAUGACGGUAACUCAUAGUUAAUAUCCA